CUCUUUCUUGCUCUGAGUUUUGGCUGUAAAUUUGCUCAAGCAGACUUCGCACAUGAGCAAAAUAAAAUAUAAAUGUAAUAGUUUUUUUUAGAUCAAUACCAAUUUAAGCAACUUAAACGUAACAUAUACACGCCAUUAUAGCAUCAACAGUGCAAAAGCAACUUGAUUUAAGGUUAAAUGUUCCUAGUAACGUUACACGCUUUGAAUUUUAUUUAUAUUACGUAAAACAACAAAAAAUUUGAAAAAGUAAAGGAGGAAACUAGAAUUUUAGAGACUCCGGAGUUAUCAGCAUCAGCAGUAUCAGCACAUAACUUACAACUUGUAAGUUACAAGUUGAAACAGAAACAAGAACAUGAGCAGGAUGGGUUCCUCAGCUCUUAAAAGUUUGGUGACACAAGCUUAUCAAGUAUUUCGAACGCAGAGCAAGAAUCUAACCCCACCAAACAAUCAAUUCCCUCCACAAGACACAAAUAGCAUAUCUCCCGAAAUAAAGUCAUUAACGGACAUGAUGCACUCAAUUAGUGCCGACACGGUCUGCUUGCAUCGCCUCUACACGUCCAAGGUGGCUCAGAGGAAGUUGAUAACAUUCAUCGAAGUAGUGUACAAUCCUGUGCUGACCGUCGUGAUAAUCGUGAUUCCAUCCGGACUUCGACUCCCAAUCCACGACCAUCCAAAUAUGACUGGCCUCAUUAAAGUCCUCCAUGGUCAGGUUAGAGUGUCCUCCUACACGAAAGUGGGUCCUACCGGCGAAGAUGGGAGGCAAGCUGCUCUGAAGACACAGGAUGCUGUCCUCUCCAGGUUAUCUUACCCUCAAGUCCUCACUCCUGGAUUGAACAACGUCCACGCCGUGGAAUUCGAGAGUGGGGAGGGAGGCAAGGAGUAUGCCGCUUUUCUCGAUGUAUUAAGCCCCCCAUAUGAUGAGAAGGUGGGAUGUCACUAUUACCAGUGUGAAGAGGGUCAAGCUAAAGGUCAAGCUGGAGAUGCAGGAGAACCCUGCACACUUGUCGAGGUGGAUUGUCCUCAGGAAUACCAAACACAUUCCCUGCCAUUUCGUCAAUUCCAGUGAUGAAAAAACAAUCAAAAUACUAUGGAUGCUGGCUAGCUAAUCAAUCGGAGAAGCACAUGUACCUAAUCAAUCACUCACAACUGGCAACUAUUCGUAUUAAAUUCACAUGACUUAUUUAUACAUGUUUGUGUUUAUCAAUGUAAUGUGAUACUUAGUGUUACACAUAAUUAGACCAGUAAGCAUAAAAGGAAGAAUAUAAAUCUCAUAUAUUUACAAAUAAUUGUGAUGUGUAGUAGAUCAGAAAUUGUAUCGCAUAAAAUUAUCUCUCGAUGUCUGUACUUAUAUAAUUGCUUGUUAUUUUAAAAAUAGAUGAAAUAUUCAUUGUUUUAGAUCAAAGUCCCCACAACCGGACUGAAUGAAAUAAAAAAAUACAAACGGAGUAAAAUGUAAAAUUAA